AAUUCUUCUACAACAAUCAACUGAUAUAAAAGUCGAAAGAUUAUUACUAAUUAUCACAACGCUUGACCUUAUAUCAUAUCUUCUUAAAUAGAGUUGAGUUGUUGUAGAGUUAUCAGCACCUUAAAAUAAAAAUAAUAAACUAUUUCAUCGCCAUUUAACUAGCACUAUAAUGAUAUUAUACGAUUUUUUGUUUAUGUUAGUAGUCGCUAAUGUGGUUACUAUUCCUGCUAAUCAGUGUCAAACUCCAAACAACUACUUCGGCAAAUGCAUACCAAUUGAGGAUUGCCCUUUGCUCAAUUUUUUUUUUGAAAAUGGAAUUCAAACACUUACACAAAACGAUACUUUGUAUCUAAAAAAAUCUUUAUGUGGUUUUGCGGACGAAAAACCAAAGGUGUGCUGCCCCGUGAAUACUUUACUAGAAAGUUCUAUUUGUGGCAUUGGUUAUCAAAAGAAGAUCAUUGGAGGAAGAAAAACCGAAAUUGAUGAAUUUCCUUGGAUGGCAUUAUUAGAAAGAGAAAGAUCUAAUGGUACUAGAGAAUUUGUUUGUGGAGGUGCUUUGAUAAGUAAUAAAUAUGUUUUAACGGCAGCACAUUGUGCUGUUUUAAAAUUAGUAAGUGUUCGUUUGGGCGAAUACGAUAUUAAAAGUGAUGUGGAUUGUAUAAAGGGUCUAAAUGUUGAUGACAUAGAUUGUGCACCACCGCCAAUUAAUAUUCCUAUUGAAGAAAAAAUCAUCCAUGAACGUUAUAACGUUCCUAGAAGUGUCAAUGAAUACAACGAUAUUGCCUUAUUGAAAUUAAAAGAUUCAGUGAAAUUUUCAGAUUACAUAAAACCUGUUUGUCUUCCAAUCUUUCCAGAAAAAAGUUUUUACAAAAGUGCUAACUUCACCAUCGCUGGUUGGGGAGAAACCGAGAACAAGACAAUGAGCAACGUUAAACUAAAAGUUGAGCUACCUCUAAAAAAUAGAUUACAUUGCCACGAGGCCUACAGCAUAUACAAUUAUAAAUUAAAUUUAUCUGAAGGCCAGUUGUGCGUUGGUGGAACGAAAGGCAAAGAUUCCUGCGUUGGGGACAGUGGAGGUCCUUUGAUGAAUGCCAACAGAAACAAAAAUAACGACUUGGUAUGGUAUGUGGUAGGAAUUGUGUCCUAUGGGUCGAAGAUGUGUGGGUCGGAAGACUUCCCAGGCAUAUAUACAAAUGUUUCAAAUUUCGUGCCAUGGAUUCUUAGCAAAAUAAAGCGUUAAAAAUAA